CGCAGAAGGCGGGGUUUGUCGGAAACAGGUGGGGAAAAUAUUGCCUCGCUGGUAGAAGAAAUCAAAUGAAAUCACGAGUAAUUUGAAAGAAAAUGGAUUGCAUUAAUGCUAAAUAUAUAUCACAGAAGAUCAGUAAAACAAGGUGGAGACCCGUUUCAACUGCAUCAUUAGAACAGCCGGAUUUAUUUGCCACUGGCUCUUGGGACAACGAGAAUAAUAAAGUGUCCAUCUGGACGGUGGGAGAGAAUGGAGGGUAUACUAUGGAGGACGAAUUUGAGGGAGAUCCUCAAUUACAGUGUGAAUGUAAACACACGGGAGAUGUGCUGGACCUGCAGUUCUUGGAUCAAGAUAGACUUAUUACAGCAUCAUCAAUGGGAGCAGUGACUUUGUAUAAACUCCAUUCUGAAAGCCAGACUCUUUCUGUAGCUCACGUGUGGGAAAGUGCACAUCACUACCAGCGUACUAAUGCACCCUGUACUGGAGUAGCAUGUAACAGUCCAGAACUGGUGUCAGUUGGUGAGGAUGGGAGAGUGGUCCUCUAUAAAGCCGACCAGAAAGGAGUCAUGCGGGUGAUCGAAAAUGCUGACAGCAGCACAAUCCAUGCUGUGACUUUUCUUCGGAUGACGGAAGUGCUGACAGUAAAUUCCAUUGGCCAGCUGAAGCUUUGGGACUUUAGGCAGCAGGGCAGCGAACCUGCACAAACCCUCUCUCUCACUGGCGACAGGGUGCCUCUGCACUGUGUGGACCGACACCCUAACCAGCAACAUAUAGUUGCUACUGGAGGCCAGGAUGGCAUGCUGAGUAUCUGGGAUGUGAGACAAGGCAGCAUGCCCUUCUCCAUGAUGGAGGCCCACUCUGCUGAAAUGUGGGAGGUGCAUUUUCACCCUACAAAUCCAGACCACUUAUUCACCUGUUCAGAAGAUGGUUCUCUACUACACUGGGAGACUUCCUCUGGGUCAGAUGCAUCAGUGUUCCUGCAGGGACGUAACAACAGCCUGUUGUCCCGCAGCGCUACAGCUCCUGCAGGAGGAAACCAGUCUUUUAUUAAUGCUUGGCUUGGUGGAGACUCUAGUAAGGGCAGGCUGGAGACCACACACAUGCUACCCAGCCAGACACUCUCUGUCAACAGUCUGGAUGUACUUGGACAGUGCUUAGUGUGCGGGACUGAUGAGGAGGCCGUCUACAUACACAGACGUGUUCCUGUGUGACUUUGAAUUUUUGAUUAACUGUUUUAUUAUUUUCUGUUUGAUGCACUUGGAGAAAUAAAACGGUCUUGUUUCUGGUAUGGUGUGUGACUGUGUGCGCUUGUAAGAACUUUAUAACAUAUAGUGUAUAAUAUUUUUGUUUUUUUUUCCAUUUCAGGUAAUUGCUCCAAACAAAUGGUCAAUUAAAGAACAUUACUGGAUUGUUUUUA